GUGCCAGCGGGGGGAGGGCGCGUGCGAGCGCGAGUCGAGUGGGAGUGGGGGUUCACAAGCCUGAGCAGAAAUCCAGCCUUGUCACAUCAUCCUGCCCCCUUGGUUUUGGAAGUCUUGGAAAAAGUUGGUCUGGAGGAGGAGGACAUUGAUGUGCUCGGUGUAGGGCCAGUGGUGAAGAGAUGGCUGCCCCCAUCCCGUGGGCCUGCUGUGCUGUGCUCGCUGCCGCCGCCGCCGUUGUCUACACCCAGAGACACAGUCCUCAAGAAUCCCCCCACGUGCAGUACGAGCGCCUAGGUUCAGAUGUGACUCUGCCAUGUGGGACAGCAAACGGGGAUGCAGCAGUCACAUGGAGGGUAAAUGGGACAGACCUGGCCCCUGACCUGCUCAACGGCUCUCAGCUUGUGCUCCACGGCUUGGAACUGGGCCAUAGUGGCCUCUACGCCUGCUUCCACCGUGACUCUUGGCACCUGCGCCACCAAGUCCUCCUACAUGUGGGCUUGCCGCCGCGGGAGCCCGUGCUCAGCUGCCGCUCCAACACUUACCCCAAGGGCUUCUACUGCAGCUGGCAUCUGCCCGCCCCCACCUACAUCCCCAACACCUUCAAUGUGACCGUGCUGCACGGCUCCAAAAUUAUGGUCUGUGAGAAGGACCCAGCCCUCAAGAACCGCUGCCACAUCCGCUACAUGCACCUGUUCUCCACCAUCAAGUACAAAGUCUCGAUAAGUGUCAGCAAUGCCCUGGGCCACAACGCCACAGCUAUCACCUUCGACGAGUUCACCAUUGUGAAGCCUGACCCUCCAGAAAAUGUGGUAGCCCGACCAGUACCCAGCAACCCUCGCCGGCUAGAGGUGACUUGGCAGACCCCUUCGACCUGGCCCGACCCUGAGUCCUUUCCUCUCAAGUUCUUUCUGCGCUACCGACCCCUCAUCCUGGACCAGUGGCAGCAUGUAGAGCUGUCAGACGGCACAGCGCACACCAUCACAGACGCCUAUGCCGGGAAGGAGUACAUCAUCCAGGUGGCGGCCAAGGACAAUGAGAUUGGGACGUGGAGUGACUGGAGCGUGGCCGCUCAUGCCACACCCUGGACUGAGGAGCCACGACACCUCACCACUGAGGCCCAGGCCCCGGAGACCACGACCAGCACCACCAGUUCACUGGCACCUCCACCCACCACGAAGAUUUGUGACCCUGGGGAACUGGGCAGCGGCGGAGGACCCUCAGCCCCCUUCUUGAUCAGUGUCCCCAUAACUCUGGCCCUGGCUGCUGCCGCCACUGCCAACAGUCUCCUGAUCUGAGCCCGGCACCCCGUGAGGACAUGCCAGCGCACCUGCAGAGGACCAGGAGGCCGGAGCUGAGCCCGCAGACCCCAGUUUCUAUUUUG